GCCAGCUAACGCCGUUAGUCUGCCGUUAGUGGUGUUUUACUUAUUUGCCCUUAAUUUUGGUUUAGCGCCAUUGACUUCCUUCACUUUCACAGAAAGACCAAAAAAAAAAAAAAACCGUUCACAUUUUUCUCUUUCUCUCUCCUCUCCCCUGUUCUUCUUCAAGCUCUAAUCCUACUCAAACCCUAGAAAUUCUGGGUAGAUCUUCAAUAUUUUUGUGAAUUUUGCUGCGCACCUUAAAGGCGAGUUCGUGGGUUGUGAUUUUGCUUCAAUCGCGACAAAAAAGGGAGAAACUUGAGGCGAUUUCCAGCUGAGUUAGUGUUGAAGAGGAAACGGGAAUUUUAAAGUUGGUUAGUCUACUUCCAGGAUGAGUGCUAUUUGGUUGUUACUACGUUAUGGGUCACAUAGUUUUGAUAUUAGAGUGGGAGACAUGGAAAAAUAUCGUUUGUUGAAGUUGUUUCUUGAUAUCUUUGAGGAAUCAGUUAAGCAAGAUGUUUUUUUGCCUAGUACCUUUAGCUUGUAUGUUGAGGGUCCUUGUGGUAAGGUUGAAUUGAAUGAUGAUAAGACUUUAAGGCUUCUGUGGGGAUGGAAUUGGGGUAAAGACACUGCUGAAAUUUGGGUUGAGGGAACAGAUAAACCAGGAUUGGUGUUUAGGAAUGCUGUUGCAACAAUUGAGAAUCAUAGAAAGGAAAAAGAGAGACAACUUAAGGAGAGACAAGAGGAACUGUUGAGGGCUCAAAGAGAGGAGGAAGAGGCAAUGAGGAAACAACAGGAAAGGGAGGACAUUUUGAGGGAAAUACAGGAACAAAUGGAGUACACUGUGGCUAUGGAGGUCCCUGUUGUUGAUUGUGAGGACAUGAAGGUUGAGUAUGUGAGAGUCAUUAGCAAAGAUGAUGCUGAUGAGGUGUUUCCAGGUUGCUCUCAACCACAACAAACACAAGAAUCCCCAAAGAAACAACCCACCCCACCCAAACACACAAAUCAUGUUGCUUCUAAGUCAAAAGGCAAGGAUAAGCCUGCUUCUAAGAAACUAACCCCCAAAAGGAGGGCAUCAGCUAAACAACCCACCCCACAGAAACAACCCACCCCACCUAAACAACCCACCAAACAACCUACACCACCACCCCCACCACCCCCACCACAGAAAGAACCCACCCAACCAAAACAACAACAACACACACCACCACCAGAACAUCCCACCUCUCCACCACAACAACAACAACACACACCACCACCAGAACAUCCCACCUCUCCACCACAACAUCACACCCCUCCACCACCACCACAAAAUCCCACUCCACCACAGAACAACCAAACUGAUGAGCCUAACAAUCAAGCACCACCUGAUCAAGCUCAGCCAGUGAAAAAGAAGGGGGGCAGAGCUAGACCUGAGGGGUUUAGGGUUAACAAAGUCACUGCUAAGAAGGCUGGAACUUGGGUUUCCAAGGGAAAGGGAAAAGGGAGAAAGGGUACAGGAAGGUCUAAGACACUAGGGGUUUUUGCUGAUGUUGGUGAGAUAUGUUCAGAAGAGGAGAGUGAGGAUUCUGAUUAUGAGGAAUCAGAUUCUGAACAAGAGGAUGUUCUGAAUGAUUGGAUUGAUUCUGAUGUUGAUGAUGAGGUGAUUCCUGAUGAUAUUCCUGAUUUGGGGUUUGAGGAUUGUCUAAAUGGUUCCUCAAAGAUGGAUAAGGCCUAUAAAAAUGGCAAAAUAUGGACUGAUCAACCAUAUGGGUCCAUUAAGUUAGAACCCUGGUUGAUCUUUCAUGAUAAGGCCACAUUUCUUGAAGUGUUGAGAAGUUACUGCAUACAGGAGGGGUUUGGGCUUAGUGUUGAGAGGGCUGACAAUAGGAGGUACACAGCAGUGUGUGCAGUGGAGUCAUGUGACUGGAGGAUACAUGCCAGUAGGUUGUUUGACAAUGUUAGCUGGGCCAUUAAGGUGAUCAGUGGGUCCCACAGAACUUGUGGGAGGCUUGAGGAGAAUCCAGUGGUGACCUCUGAGUGGUUGUGUAAGCAUAUGUUGGGGGAAAUAGAGGCAAAUCCAGAGAUUCCAGUGGAGACAUUGAGGAGGUAUGCACAGGAGAAGUUUCAGUUGAGGGUGAAAAAGAGGCUAUUGUACGAGGUCAGGAGUAUGGCAAAGGGAAAGCUGCAUGGUGGUUGGGCUGAAGCAUAUGAGCUGUUGCCUAGAUAUGCUGAGAUGAUUAAGCAAACAAACCCAGGGAGUCAUGCACUUAUAACAUGGGGGGCCAGUAGUGGGGAUGUGAACCCAAAAUUCAGAGCUUGCUUCUUCUCAUUUGCUGCACAAGUCAGGGGGUUUCUAAGGGUUUGUAGGCCCAUACUUGGAAUAGAUGGGGCUCAUUUAAGUGGUUUCUACAAGGGCAUUCUACUGACAGCAGUUGGCAUAGAUGGGAACAAUGAAAUUUUUGUUCUUGCCUAUGGGAUAGUAGACACUGAGAGUUGUGACAGUUGGACCUACUUCAUGAGAUGUUUGAGGCAAAUGUUUGAGCAGGAGGGUUGCAACAGAGAUGAUUGGACCUUCAUCAGUGAUAGGAUGAAGGGUGUUGAGUUGGCAGUUAGAGAAACUUUUCCUAGAGCAACUAGGAGAGUUUGCUGCCAACACCUAUACAUGAAUUGUAAGAACAAUGGCUUCAGUGGAUCUGCAUUCCACAAGCUCUUUUGGAUAGCUGCUAAUGCAUACAAUGAGUAUGUGUUUGGUAAGGCCAUGGAAAAGAUCAGUGAGUACAAUGCAAAUGCCACUGCAUACUUGAACAGCUGCAUUGAGCAGUGGUCUAGGCAUAAGUUUGACUCUACUGUUUGUUGUGAUCACAACACAACAAACUUUGUGGAGUCAUUCAAUGCAUGCACAAAGCCCUUCAGAGACAUGCCUGUCUUCUCAUUAUUGGAAGCAAUCAGAAGUUGGUGUAUGCAGAGGGUGGGGGCUAGAUUUGACAAGGCAGUUGACAUGGAGGAAGGUCAGCUCACUGCAUAUGCAUUGAAAGAGUUAGAGGAGAGGACAGCUGAGUCCAGGUUAUGUUAUGCCACAGCAUGUGGAGGGGGUGAAUUUGAGGUUAGGGAUGGACAUGUCAACUUCCCAAUUAGGCUUGCAACAAGAAGUUGUGCCUGUGGGAAGUGGCAGAUCUGUGGAAUCCCAUGCAAGCAUGCACUGAGGGUCAUAUAUGACCAAAGGAUGAACCCCCAUGAUUUCAUAUCCCCAUGGUUCAAGGCUGCUGCAUACAAGCUAACCUAUGCAGAACAUAUUCAUCCUAUGGCAGAUCCAUCUCAGUGGCCUGACUUUGGCCUUCCUUCCAUUCAGCCUCCAACCAUCAAAAGACCAUCUGGAGACCUGCUAAGAAGAGAAAGAGAGGGGCAAAUGAACCAAAGAAAGGGAAGAGGAACACAAAUGUGA